GGUUUUUUUAUCGUUAAUAUUGUUAUUGUUAUUAUAUCGUGAUUGUCACAAAUCAACGUCGUGAAAAAAAAAACACAAUUUCGAUGUAAAUCAAUCGAAUUAUUUCAUUUUACAUUGUUUUCCCGUGUGUAGUGUGUUGUAUUUUAUUCUAUAGAAAGUUAAAUGAUUCUUAAUGUUAUAUACAGUGGACAAUGAUUUUUAUUAAUCGAUAAACCAUACGACAAAAAAACAAGAGAGUUUUAAUUCAUGUUUUUCUAUUUGAUACAAAUAAUAAUUUGAUUGUAUAAAUCAAAGAAAAAUAAGCAAGGAAAAAUAAAUGAAUUCGUUUGAAUUGACAACACGUGAAGUUUACGAUUCGUUAAAAGAAUUGUUCGAUCGAUCGAUCGAUCCUUGAAUGAUGAUAUAAUCGGUGAUGAAAAAACCAAAAAGAAUAUAUCAUCGUGUUGUUUGAAACGUCGAUUAUUGUAUCGGCGUACGAUUUACACACGAGGAAGGAUAUUAAAUUGAGAAAAAACAAAAAAACAAAAAUUAUUGUCGACACGAUGUUGUUGACACGUCGUUUGCCGAACGAAAUUAUCCAGAAUUUUUGACAAGGAUGAAAUAAUAAUAAUAAUAAUAAUAAUAUUCAAUCGGGAGGGAAAAAAAUAAGAUAUUUUUUGAGGAUUAUCAUACAAAAACACUGGCGUGAAUUUAUCAUAACCACCAUAUACAUAAUAUAUAUUAUGUUAGGAAGAGGAUUAUUAUGGAUCUUAUUGAUGGUGUUGGUGCAUGCCGGAAGCGUCGGUACGCUUCUGACAGAAAAUAUCGAGGAUUGGGAUGAUCCGACCAGUUUUCAAAAACAAUGUUCCGCCAAGUGUCCCGAGCUCGAUUUAAAUCAAUUUCACACGGAGGACAGUAGCCCGGAAGUGGGAUGCGGCGUGAGAUGUAAAACCGAACAGUGCACCAGAGGAUGCGAGGCAUGGCAACAGGCGCUCGAAACAAGUUGUCAAACCGUUUGCAAUGGAACUCAAGAAUUGUUACCACCGAAGCAAUUGUAUUGCGUUUUGGGUUGUCACGAUGCAAUGAAUCGAUACGCUCAACAAUAUAAAGCGAAGAUAGGAGUACCUGCAGCACCCGCACUGGUGGCGGACUCUUUGACGGCGACCUCGUUGAGAUUAGAAUGGAAGGACGUUAAUAUAGAUCGACGUAUCAGUGGAAUAUCUUAUCUGGUACAAUGGAGGUACGAGGAAUUGGUUGAGACUUGGCAAUAUUGUAGAAAUCAAACAUGGGGCGAGGACGAUCAAAUAUUGGUGGAAAAUUUACAACCUUAUACAAAAUACAGAUUUCGCGUUGCUAUGAUCUUAAAAUGGACGCACAAUCCAGAGCCAAUAGUUUCUGCACCGAGUGUGGUGAUAUUAACAUUAGCUGCUGGUUUGCCAUCGUCACCACCGGUAAUUGUAAGGGCAGCAGCAGUAGACAGCUGCCGUGUCUCUGUGUCUUGGGAACCAGGCCCUUUUCCAAAUGGGCCACUUUUGUCUUAUGUACUGCGUCUGCAAGGGGCUGAUCACUCCCAGCUUAAGGACAUACCAGCUUCAGAGAACACGGAUCAUUAUAUGUUUCAAAAUCUCAAACCAAAUAAAACUUAUUCUGUAAGUGUUACGAUGCGAAACAGUGUAGGGGAAGGGCCACCUGCAACGAUUCAUAUAUCAACCAACCCAGAACCUACAGUGAAGGACACGGAACAACCAAUUCUCAUACUCGGUGGUGAACACGUUGUGAUGAAACAAGGUGCCGAUAUGUUAGACGAACCCAGCGUGGUUUAUCGAACAUCAAGUAUCAUUCGUGGAGUAGCCAUUCAUGUUGCCUCUGCUCAAUUAUUUGUCUCGGAUUCUACUGGAUGCGUGUACAGAACGUCUAUCUUAGAACCAUCAAAACGAAUAAUGAUACUUAGCCCGAGCGAAGCUAAUUUCAAGCCAUUAAGUUUAUCCGUAGAUUGGUUAAAUUUACAAUUAUAUGUAUUAGGAGAAGUGAAACAUUCUACAACAGUUUGGCAAAUAGCAAGAUGUAAUUUGGAUGGUAAAGGUUUGACCGUUGCUAUGGCUGGUUUCUUGACACGACCAUCUCACAUCGAAGUGGAUCCUUAUAAUGGUUAUCUUUUUUGGGUAACCAGAGGAGGAUUGUAUAGAUUGGAUUUAGCUGAUAUUAGUAACGGAGUUAAACACGAGGUUCAGCCGUAUCUAAUUCUAGAGGAUGCACACUUAGGAGCAUUUACCGUAGAUCAUACGAAUUUCCGACUACUAGUACCCCAUCAAACGGAAAAUACGGUAAUGUCGGUAUCGCUCGACGGACGGGAAGUAUUAAACUUGCGUGCUAACACGCAGCAACCUAAAUUCAAGAACGUACUCUCCUUGGCGAUGGCUAAUGGUCUAUUUUAUUGGACAAAUGGGGAAGAGGUUUUAACCGAGGGCUAUCAUUCCGGAAAGAACAGAUACUUUCAUAAUGCAUAUCCGGACAGAUCGGAUGGUUCGUUUGUAAGCGUGAACGUUUUAAUGGACGCCAGUCAACCCGUUCCAGUUCCAGUAAACCCGCCUACGGGUGUACAAGCGGUUUUAGGUGCUGAAAGGGCCAAAGUGUCUUGGCAAGUACCACAUUUGUUGGGUGGCCAGGGUAAGGGUGCAUGGCAAAAUUGGUCGUACGAGUUGGAAAUCAAAGACGAGUCUACCGGCGAGACAAUUCGUCAAAAUGAGAUAGCCGGUUCAUCGCACACAGUACACAAUUUACGAGAAAAAUCCAAAUAUUCUAUUAAAGCAGCUGCUUACACAACUGCAGGCAGGGGUCCAUGGUCAACCGAGUUCCGUGGGCGUACGUUGAGGAAUGGGUCGCGUGCAUCUAUCCUAUGGUCAGCGAACGAAGGUUUAUUGAAAAGUGAUGUGACUGGAGAAAACAUAGAUACUUUGAUAUACAAAACGAGUUUAAAAGAAUCCGAAAAUACUUAUCACAUAUUAGAUGUCAGUUGGUACAAAGAUAUGUUAUAUAUCGUAGGGAAUAAUUCUGCUUUAUAUCAAUAUAACUUUACAACCCAUGUAAAAACGAAAUUAAACAUUCAUUCAGUUGGUAGCGUGGCUGUAGAUUGGAUAUCAAAAAAAUUAUAUUGGGCUAAUCCCAAGCAACAAAUUAUAACAAGAGCUAACUUGAAUGGCACCCAACAAGAACCCAUGUCAAUUUUAGCGAUCGUUAAAGAACUUAUGAUCGAUUCUUUAGAAGCAUACUUGUAUUGGUCGACCGGUCACGCUGUAGAAGUAGCACGCUUAAACGGACAGGACAGAAGAUAUUAUCACUCUGAUGAGAUAUUCAAUGGGAAGCAAGUGAUGGGUUUAACUUUGGAUACCGAGCAUCGUUAUUUAUAUUGGAUAGUAAGAAGCUACGAAAGUGGAUCUAUAGUUUAUCGCGCACCUACUUCUGAAAGAAUACCAAUGGAUCAAAAGAUCAUACCGGAAAAAGUUUCAGCUUUGCAACACCCGAAUAUUCAAGGACCUCUGUGUUAUUUUUCGGAACAUUUAUUGUGGCUGCAAGAUGACAGAAACGCAGUGAUCGGUGAUUUAUUCGGACAAAACACAGCUAUUAUUAACGGUAUCACGUUGUCAGGUUUAAGAAUGGUUGCUGUCAUGGACCCAGCUCUUCACGGUUAUCCAAAUAAUCUUACAUCAGAAAGCGUUGUCGUUUUGCCAAAUGCGGUUGAUCUGGAUAGUAUCAGAGUCGAAGGUACUUCAGGAAAAUUCAACGUAUCUUGGGACCCAGUAGACAAUAUCAAUUAUGGAACGGUUUUUUACGAAGUUAAAUUUGUUGAUUACAUCAAUACCAAUUCGAAUCCCGAAAUAACUAGCGAAACUUCCAUGCCUUAUAAUAAUUCGGAACGUAUAGAACCGUAUUCUUUAUUGGAGGUAACUGUUAAAGCUUUUACGUAUUGGGAAAGUGCACAUCAUUCUAGAAAAAAAUUAAGAUCACCGCAAAGCCUUCCAUCCGAACCAACGAAUCCUAGAUUGUUUGUAGAAAACCAUAAAGAACCGCUUAACGAAAAAAUGGAAACUGCUGUCAAAUUUAGAUGGAAUAGGCCAAAAUUUGAAAAUGGAGUGAUACUGGGUUACACCGUUCAAUGUUGGUUCAACGAAAUAGCAAAUCAUACUGAUAUACACGUUUGCGACGAAUCUAACGUACCAUCUGAUAAAUUGGAAUACAAAGUUAAUUAUCUAUCGCCUAACGUGACUUAUUACUUUCAAGUACGUGCCAGAACGAUUAUUGGACCUGGCCCUUACACCGAUGUAAUUGGGGUAUCAACUGCUAAUGAAAAUCCUGUACCACAAUUGUUAGUCGCAACAACAGACUCCGUAAACAUAAUUGAUUUGGAUCACAGUACGAACAAUCAUACUAUUACACGACAAGCAGCCGUUGAAAUAGAUUUCUUAGCUGCAGAAGAUAAUAUAUUUUGGAUCAAUAAAAUGCAAGAAUUAAUAUCGUACGAUAGAAAGGGAAAUCAUGCAACUAAAAUUUUGACACUUAACAAUACUGCGUACAGUUUUUGCAUAGAUUGGAUAGCGAAAUAUUUGUAUUGGAGCGAAACGAAUGAAAAGGAAAACGAAAGUCGUAUCUUAAAAUUGGAUUUAUCAAUGUUGCAAAAAAAUAUUCUAACGUUCCAUCCAAUAGUGACUAGGAACGAACGUAUCGUGAAAUUAAAUGUAUUACCAUCCGCGGGAUCUUUAUAUUGGAUAGAAUCAACGAAGAACGAUCGUGGAGUAAUAAUGCAAUCAGAUCUCCAUGGGGAAAAUAUUCAACCGUUUUUUAAUCAAAUGGGAGAUUGCUCUUGUCCAUAUCAACCGUUAGUCUUGCCGAUAAUGACGAUAGAUAAUACCGAAACAGAAAAUCCGGUUCUCUAUUGGAUAUCAUCCGAAGGAUAUUUGUUUUAUGCCGAUAUAGAUGGAUGCAUCUGCGAAAUGGUAAUAGAUCCAGGCUUGAAUAGGGGAAGCUUACCAUUUGCUUCCUUAACGGUUGACAAGAUUAAUAUUUAUUGGACGGAUGAUAUCAAUAUGAAGCUUUAUCUUGUUAACAAAAAAUAUCUAUUGGAAGACAAAAUAAUUGAUUUUAACAUUCCCCAUGUACGAAGUAUCAAAGCUCUGGGUAAAUCUUUGCAACCUUAUCCAAGCCCAGAAUGUUUGAUGCCACGUCGAAUGUUGUAUAACGUUGAGGAAGUGAAAAAAACAGCUGAUAGCAUCACCGUUAAAUUACCACAACCUCUUCCUCACAAUGGUUGUAAAGCUUACAAUUUACCAAGAACUUUAUAUAUUAUGGAUGUUUAUGAAUGCGUUGAAAAUAAUUCGAAAGAAUGUCGUGAAAGUUACGAUAACAUGGAAGGAAAUAAACGAUAUGAAACUUAUGAAAGAGAAUAUAUAAUAGAAUAUUUAAAACCAUUUACGCGAUAUUUGAUAAAAUUAAGCUUAGCCAAUACCUAUAUUGAAUGGAAUAAAACUAAUUUGGAGUUUAGUUCGGGUAUUAUAUUGACAACGGGUGCUGGUGCACCAAGUGCACCAGAAAACGUUUCUGCCAAAGUUCUUACGCCUACUUUGGCUGCCGUAUAUUGGAUGCCACCAAAGAUAUUUAAUUCACCUGCAGUGAGUUAUGAGAUUCAUUGGAGAUCGGAUGGUCUGAUAAAUGGGGUUCGACAGAAGGGCGAACAAUUGGUAAAGGAUACAGAACGUAUUAAAAAUAAUAAACUCAUGGCAAUGUUACAACCAUUGCUACCAGGACAAGUGUAUUUCAUAUCCGUCCGUGCUUACCCAGCACAUUUUAAUGAGGUUUUUAGCGAGAGCGAGAAACAAAUGAUAAGUAUGUAUCCUGAACCAAAUAAUCUAACGUUGAUAUCGGCAAGUAUAAACGAUUUAAUCUUAUCCUGGGUACCAACGAUAAAUCUAACGAUUGGUUAUAUCUUGGAAUACAAAGACGUUGCUCAGGAAGAAUGGCGAAUCGCAAAUGAAUCCGAAAGUGAUCACGAAAAAGUCAUUUAUAAGUUGCAAAAUCUGCAACCUCGUACUCUUUACAAAUUUCGUUUGUUACUUCGAUAUCCAAAUUAUGAUCAAGAUUUUAUAUGGUCACCGGAUGGAAAAUCUACUUUUCAAACGCAAGGAGGCGUACCGAGUGCACCCGGAACACCAAAUUUAAUUAUAGAACGCAAGUCGGUAUAUCAAUUAAACUGGGACGCUGCACAAGCUCACGGUUCUCAAAUUACAUCGUACAGUUUGGAAUUUGAAAGAAUUAAUGGCAGCCAACGAAAUAAAACAGCAACGAACGAGAAUAAUACUUGGACUUUAUGUUACAAUGGAACAGAUAAUUACUGGACUAUCAAGGAAGACAUGAAACAAAGAUACAGAUUUCGUGUGAGAGCAAAAAAUAGUUAUGGAUAUGGUGCUUGGAGUUCAGAUAGUGACGACAUCGAUUUGACCAAUUCGGCAAUAGGUGGAUUGAUAGAAACUGAGCAACCAUUGGGAUUAAUUUUAGGUUUUACCAUUCCGGUCAUUGUAUUCGGUCUAGCUUGUUUUUGCUAUUUUCUAUGCCCGCACAGGCAACGUAAAGAUGAUAACAAAGCGGUUUUAUCUCCCAUUGUAUCAGACGUCGAAUUAGCAACGUUACGAGAAAUACCUCGUAGUAAUUUCGUUCAACCAAAUGCACUUUAUGCGUCUACUAUGCAAAACGAUCCGGAUGAUUCCAUGCUGCCAAAAAUAAAACGAGAACAAAUAACGUUGGCUAAAUUUUUAGGCAGUGGUGCAUUCGGAGAGGUAUUUCAAGGAAAUGCCAAAGAAUUGGAUGGUCCUGGAACAGUAACACCCGUUGCCGUAAAAACACUUCGAAAAGGUGCCUCGGCACAAGAAAAGAGUGAAUUUUUACAAGAAGCACGACUCAUGAGUCAUUUCCGACACAAACAUGUAUUGAGGCUCUUGGGUGUUUGUUUAGAUAUAGAUCCGCCAUUGUUAGUCUUAGAAUUGAUGGAAGCCAGUGAUCUGUUGAGUUAUUUAAGAGAAAGUAGAGCAUUACAACCUACAGAUCCCUAUGCUUUACGUUUACAAGAUCUCUUAGCAAUGUGCGAGGACGUAGCUAGAGGUUGCCGAUACCUCGAAGAACUUCACUUUGUACAUAGAGAUCUAGCUUGUAGAAAUUGUUUGGUAUCAACAAGAGAUCGUGAAAAUCGAGUUGUCAAAAUUGGCGAUUUUGGUCUAGCCAGAGACAUUUACAAGAAUGAUUAUUAUCGAAAAAAAGGUGAAGGAUUACUUCCCGUUCGUUGGAUGGCUCCAGAAUCCUUGAUCGAUGGAGUCUUUACAUCUCAAAGCGACGUUUGGUCAUUUGGAGUAUUAAUGUGGGAAAUUACUUCGUUAGGGCAACAACCUUAUCAAGCUAGAACAAAUAUAGAAGUGUUACAUCUUGUAAGAGACGGUGGAAGAUUACCACAACCAUUAAAUUGUCCAUUGGCGUUACAUCAUUUGAUGUUAUGUUGUUGGGGUGCUGCUGAUAGCAGACCAAGUUUCAAAACUUGUGUCGAACAUAUAAUCAAUCUUCGAAAAAAUACACAAGAUGCCGUAUUAAGUCCGGUACACGCUGGUCAUUACUUGGUACGAAAAGGUAACUCCUGGAAGUCAAGCAGUUCGGAAGGAAGUAGAGAUAUGCAACCUUUCCUUCAAAACCCAUCGAAUAUCACGCUUGAAACGCAAUCAGACGGUGUGCCAAAAUAUUUAGAAUUAUUAGCGGAUAAUGACGAGGUUGUUUUAAGAGAAAAUCGAGUUACCGAAUACGAGGUUCCACGAUCUAUUCAUAUUUCUAAUCCAAACUUAAUAAAUAUAGAUAAAAUUUCUCAAAAAAGAUUGGAAGUUAACAAUUUAGUUGAUUCCCGUGAACUCAAGGAAUUCUUAAAAAAUGGGAUUAAGGAUCGAAGAUCAUCGAUAACGUCAUCGGAACCUUGCAGGGAAACUAUUUUUGAAACAAACAUGACUGAUAGAUGUAAAACAUUAGACACGUUCAAAUUAAGAAACUCUAAAAUCCGAUCAAGUUUUACUGGAGAUUCAUCGAUUAACGAACAAUUAAAAUUCAAACGAUGUAACACGUUAAAACGAAGAAAUUCGGAAAUGAAUUUGGAAAGAAAUGAUAAAUCGUUAAUUAAUAAUACGAAGACAAAUCAAUCACCGGCUUCUUCUACUAAUCGUACGAAUUUGAUUACGAAAGAUUCACAAAACGUUUCUUCGAGGAACAAUGCCACGAGACAGGAUGAAAGUGUAGAUGUCAGUGAUAAUAAUAGCAUUAAAAACAAUAAUUUAACGAAAUUACAAAGGACACCGUCCACCUUGCAAGGUGGUAAAGCUAAUAUUCCUUUAGUGAUAAAUAGUGCAUUAUUAAAUUUAUUAAGGCAAACGCCAAUAAUCGAGGAUAGUAAUAACAGUGUUAAUUAUACGAACAUUAAUACGGACACUGUUAAAGUUAACGGAUCGUAAAACGGUUCUUUCUAUAUUGUAUUUUGUAAAUACGAAUAUAUAUAUAUAUAUAUAUAUCAACUUUUAUAUUGAACACUUUAUUAAUGUGUACCUGCAUCAAAUUCGUACGAAAUCGCUAACACCUUUGUACGUUUGAAACUUAUAUUCUUCGAUUAAAAUCGAUUUAUUGAAAAGGUGCAAUUUCCCUUCGAUUUUAUUGCACAUUAUUUUCAUCUUAUAUAUUAUUCGCGUUGUUAGUUUUAACAAAUGAAUAACGGAUUAA